GAUCUGGGCCCGAGCGACGGGGGAUGACGGCGACGAGCAAUCCCUGGACUGGGUGCUGCACAUCGGCGCCGGGCUCCUCAUAGCGUGCGGGCUGGUCGUGCUGCUGGCGGAGUCGGGGCGUCACCGCGUGGCGGGAGCCGCAGGCGCGCUGUGCGGAGGCCUCCUGCUGUGGCGCCGCCUGCCUGGGCACGUACGUAGGCGCCUGGUGGGCCCGCUGGGGCCGCCGCUCGGCGUUCGCCGCGGCUCUCUGCAGUGGCGGGGACGGGCUCGACGCCAGGGUGCCGACAGCGCUGGCGAGGCAGGCGGCGCCCCUGGCGAGGCGACGGCGGCGAGCGGCGAGGCGGCGUCUGAGCAGCGGUCAGCGCCGCAGUCACCGCCGCCCGGGCGCUGGACUCUGGGCGGCGCCCGAGAAGCCGGGGCCCAGGACGCAGCCCUGCGGGCGUUCGGCGAGGGGGAAGAGGUGACGGGCCCCUUCAGCCAGACGGCGGCCCAGCAGCUUGGUGGCGGGGGCGCCGCCGCUGCCUGCGGGGCCGCCGCCCUCGGGGCCCACGUGCCCCACUCCCCCGCCGACGCGGGGAAGCUGGGGCGGGAGGCGCAGAUG